AUGUUGGAGCCCUCCGGCACAGGAAGAGCACAGAUGGACGUCUUGGGAGAAAAUGAGGCUCUCCAGCAGUUCUUUGAAGGUCAGGAUGUCAGUGGGGUCCUAGAGAGUGCGGCUGUGGACACCAGCAUGCUGGAGCAGUACCUCAGUAAUGACAUGGACCCUAGUACCUUCAUUCUUCCUGAGUCACCUCCCGACUCGGGGUCGGAGCCAUGUUCACCUCCACAAGCACCAGAUAUGCGCUCUGGUUCUUCUUGGACACGUGGCUGGACGGGACAAACGGUGUUGCCCAGCCUGCUACCGCCUCUUCUCCCAUGUAGCCACUAUAAAGAGCAGCACCAUGCAUCCCAAAGUACUCCCCAACUCGCAGACCUCCUAGACCCUUAUGUUGUGGGCAGCUUCCAUUCCUCAGUCCCCCCUGGUCCCACUCAUCCCCAGUGUGAACGGUGCCUGAGCCCAAUGCACAGCUACACACGGGCAGGUGCCAGUACCACCGCUGCAUCUCCUUUGCACCUGGACCCCCGGCAGCCCCAGUGUGUGGCUCCAGCACCCAUAUGCAUUAAGGACAGCACAUCCACAGCUCUUUCCUGCUCCCCUCAGUCUCAGGCUGCAUGUUCAAGUUGGGUGUCCUGCCCUUACCUGCCCCCCAUGUCAGGACAGCCCCCGGGACCCAGCUGUCCUCUAGAUGCCAAGAAACGAAGGCGUUCUGAAUCCUUCGACGGGGCUUCGGACCCUCCCACGCAGGGGGGACAUCGGGCCUGGAUGAAAAGCAUGUUCAGCCAGGAGAGCGCCGCUAGUGAUGUCCCUGGCUACGACGGCGAUGGGCAGAAUGGAAGUCCAGAGCAAGGCGCCUACCAUCUGCUGACAUGGGAAGGCUACUUGCCUGACCAGUGGAGUCCACUCUACAACAGCAACUACGAGAGCCUCGCAGUCCCUGCUUACCAUGUUGACACUGACAAAGGCUUCAACUAUUCCCCUGCUGAUGAGGCCUUUGUGUGCCAGAAGAAGAACCAUUUCCAGGUCACAGUUCACAUAGGCAUGGCGGGAAAUCCAAAAUAUGUCAAAACUCCAUCAGGGCCUAAACCGAUAGAGAGCUUUGAAGUGAAGGUUUUCGGUGUCAAGCUGGAGACCCAGGAGCACAUGAUCACCAUAGAGCAGUCUCAGUCUGACCGCAGCAAGAAGCCCUUUCUGCCAAUCAAGGUCAGUCUGCCGGAGGACAAGAUCACCAAGGUGACGCUGGGUCGCCUUCAUUUCAGUGAGACCACAGCCAACAACAUGAGGAAGAAAGGCAAGCCCAACCCAGACCAGAGGUACUUCCAGUUGGUGGUUGCCCUCUAUGCCUGUCUCCAAGGAGAAAAGCAUCUCCUCGUAGCUCACAUAUCAGAGAAGAUCAUCGUCAGGGCAUCCAAUCCUGGGCAGUUUGAGAAUGACACUGAGGUUCUGUGGCAGCGGGGGCAGGCUCCAGACACAGUGCUUUGUCAGGGCAGGGUGGGCAUCAACACAGAUGCCCCUGAUGAAGCCUUGGUUGUCUGCGGCAACGUGAAGGUCAUGGGUACAGUUAUGCACCCAUCUGAUAAGAGAGCCAAGCACAAUAUUCAGGAGGUAGACUCAACCGAACAGCUGAAAAGAAUAGCUCAGAUGAGGAUUGUGGAGUACGACUACAAGCCGGAGUUUGCCAACAAAAUGGGUAUUGAUCAGACUCAUGAAACAGGCGUCAUAGCCCAGGAGGUGAAGGUGUUGCUCCCGAGUGCCGUUAGAGAGGUGGGGGAUGUGACCUGUUCUGAUGGAGAGCAGAUUCAGAACUUCCUCAUGGUGGAUAAGGAGCAGAUCUUCAUGGAGAAUGUGGGGGCUGUGAAGCAACUGUGCAAGCUGACGGACAACCUGGAAACACGUAUCGAGGAGCUUGAGGUGUGGAACAAGCAGCUGGCCAAGCUCAAGAACAUGGGCAGCCUGCGUUCCAGCAGGAACAGCACCAUGCACAGGAAGGUCAGCCAAAACAACAGCAGCCCACCCCCACAGGUGACAGCCCCACUACAUACCAAUAAAGAUUAUUUGUCAGGAAUGUACCAGCACUGCCUGCACCACAGGGCAUUCCAAGCCACCAUUAUCACCCUUGUAGCUACCAUGGCUUUCUGUGUCAUCUCCAUCACUGCUCUUUACAUGCUCACCCUACAAGAGGACAUGGAGGUCCCUCAAGUGACCAGCAGUACAGACUUUCCCAUAGUCACCAGCCCACCAGGCACCACCGUCUCCUUGGCCCCGGAACCCUGGACCCCGGACGUGGACUUCUGCAGCCUGCUGUACUGUGACGAGGUGUACUGCUGCCCCACAGACUACAGUAACCAGAGUAGUAGAAACAGCACAGCUACAGAAGCCAUCCCCUUCUGGAGUGCCAGCGAAGAUAAAAGGAAAAAAAUCCUGUUUGAAAGCCUCAAAAAUGCCAAAGACUGGACAAAUACAACUGUCAAGUCAAUCGUCAUCAAAGAAAAUCAGCAUGUUAUCGACCAGAAGUACUGCACAAAUGGGACUUGCAGGUCAGGGAUUUACAGCUACUUGAUUCCCAUUAGCAAGUUCGUCCCAGUCAACAUGCGGAUCACCAUACAGAUGAAUACCACGGAGCUGCUUGUAGUCCAUCUGUGUCGCGUAGACAACUCAAGGGUGUGCUCUGCCGUGAAGGACUACAGCGAUACCGAGAGCGACAGUGUGAGCAACACACAGGGGUACAUCCAUGAGUGGCCGCUGCCUGUGGCCCGCUUGUUCAACAGCUCAUACCACUUCCGAACUUCUGUAGCGGGCCAGGCAGACUGCAGCACCCAGCUCCACUACAGGGAGAUACUGUUCACAGACUACUACUUCCACUUCUACCGCAGGUGUGACUAG